UGUACCUGGCAUACUCUCGCGGUGCGAGCCCGUUGGGCGAGGACCUGUCGCCCGACUGCAUCACCGCCCUCGAGGAGGUUCUGCUGAGUCGCCCCAGGGAGACAGCGCUGCUUCUCGGCCAUGCCGCGGGCCGCCUGGGCGGCGAGUGCGCCGUCGCGCGGCAGCUCUGCCUGCUGCACCUGCGGGCCCUGAGGCUGUGCCUGGGGGAGCUGAAGGGCUCCCUGUCCCGCUACGAGGAGGUGGGCCAGAGGGCCAGGACCCGGCUGUUCAUGCUGCUGCACCUGGUCCCAGACCCCCUUGUGGCACUCACUCUACAAGACCCCCAGUGGACCAAGGGAGCUCUGGAGGCGGUCUUUGGCGACCUCCUGGACCUGAUGGACGGAGGAGUUCUCGGGGAACGUGAGGUCUGGGAGAGCCUGGUAUGCCGCGAGUCGGCGCUGCUGCCCCGGGCGUUUGCCGACUGCGAGAAUGAGCGCCACGGACGCUUGCGGUCGGAUGCCGGGGGCCACACCCUGGCGGUGUGCGAGGACACCGGUCGGCUCGACGUCCGGGAAGCCUUCCUCAAGUCCCUCGUCUCCGGGGAACAUUUUGUGGACUCCGUCCUGAAUGCCAGCAUGGGGAAGCUGCACUCGGGACAGUGGGAGAAAGCGUCCCGUCUCUUUUCCCACCCUGCCGUGAGGGACCUGUACGUCCACGCACUUCUCAGAGCCUGGAAUGAGGCGGUGUCGGACGACGACGCUUGCCACGUCAUGCGGGCCAUCGCCGGGACAGAAACAUUGGAGUGCCCGAAGCCAGGGGCCGAACUGCUGCUUCGGAGGAUGCGGUACCACCUGGUUGUCACAGAUUGGAUCGUGUCCUCUCAGAGGAAGAGGAAGACGUCCCUUGUUUCGGAGGCGGAUGAAAAGAGCCGGCGGCGCACGGUGUUUGGGAUGCUCCAGCACCAGACGGUGCUUCGUGUCCUCCACAAGGCCCUGGGCCUCGGUGGACUGGAUGCAGCGGCCACAUUUCGUCUCCUGGGUCUCCCAGGAGGGGAACCAGGUGAGGCGGCCGAGGAGUCCAGUCUGCAGGCGACGCAAGGGAGGGACUGCACGCUCUACCGCGGCUACCUGACGAUGCAGCACGUCAUGGCCGCCUUCAACAACGCCAUCCUGCUUGGUCGCCUUGGCGCGAAUGCUCCCCCUCCCGAGUGCCCCGACGACUGGGACGUGCAGGACGGAGAGGCUGCCUGGGACACGGACACAAUGGCCAGUGCCAUCUCUCUCUACGGCUUGGCGAGGGUCUACAAGCAUGCAGUACUGGGCCAGCUGCAGAGGUUCGAGGAGGAGGCUGGCCGAGUGUUCCCGCUGACGUUCCGGCUGGAGCUGCUGGAAAAUGCCUUCUCGCUGCUCUUUGUGACCCACAACAACCUGCGGAGGGACGCCAGGGACGACGAGGAUGCCACAGAUGCGGAGGAUGAUGCCAGGAGCGAGGACCCCCACUCCCCCACGGGCUCCAACAACAGGGUGCACCAGGAGGGGAACCAAACCGCAGGCGGGGAGGACGCAUGCCACGUCACGAGUCCGACCCUCGCCUCGUCUGUGGCAGGUGCCAAGGAGACGAGCGACUCCCUGUCCGGCAAGGGCAGCACGGCCAGCAGCGGCGCCGGUCCCAGUGCCAUGGGCUUCCUCUGUCCUCCGUUCCUGGUUCCGGAUGUGCUGGCCACCCUGUGCAGCGCCGUGCUGGCCGCCUGGGCAGCGUCAACCAAGGAGGCCCCGACAAUGCCCACUUGGCCAGUCCAAACAUCUGUGAGCUGGGACGAGUUUGCUUUUCGGUUGGACCAGCUUCGCAAGCACAUUGUGGACGCUCAGUGGCGCUACGAGCUCAUCACCUCAACCUCCACGUUGGAUGCCGGCCCCCAGGACGAAAGUAUGGGUCCACCACCAGGCUCGUCCUCUUGGACAGGCAACAGCGAAAGCUCUCGAGACGAACUUCCCGUCGCCCCACUGCGGAAGCUGUCGCGAAAGAGCAAGCGGAGGCGGCGUUGUUCGUCCAUGACGUUGGAUAGCAGCCAGCGCAGCAUCAUUGAGAAGAUGUUGGCUGGGCCCGAAGCACUCCUGCGCUACUGUCUUUGGCACAGCAACUACCGCAGUGCAGGACAGGUUGUUCAGAUGAUGAAGCUGCAGGGCAGCCACGACGACCAGGAACUUCACUUCAGCCAGCGCCUGGAGGACGUCACCCAGCGCCUGGCUGCUCUCUCGGUGCCCGCUAGAGCCACGACACAGGCGACGGACGAGAAGACGGCGGACGGCCUCACCACGCUCGUGAGCCAGGCUGCGGGCGAAGGCCUUCAUCUCACCAUGGCCACUGCGCUCGUGGAUCGUCUGCUCUGCUCGAGCGGAGUGCCCGGAACGCCCGAAGCGGAACACCUGCUCCGACACUCGCCCGAAGGAGGAAGCGGAAUGGUGGGCACCCUGGCGGAGCGGAACUUUGCAGAGGAGUACGGCAGCGGGGGUCCCCACGUGGCCGCCAUUGCCGACCUGGCCCUGACUGUGGGCGUUCCCCGGGACGUCUCGGAGCGCCUUCUGGCGCUGGCCGUGAGCAAGCGGGAGUCCUACGCCACCGGCAACCUGUGCGGACAAGUCCGGAAGCUGACCACGACGCUCGAAGCGCUCCGUCAGUUUGUGCAAGAGGCGAUCGACGGCGGCGGAGUCGGUGCCGUCGGCUCCUGCGGUGGAGACGCGGAGGCUUCGCUCAUGGCACUGUUGGGAAACUAUGCGGACGUGUUGGAUGCGGAGACGCUGCAACAACAACGAGCUGCCUGGCGCACGAUCGAGGCAGUCUAUCGCAAGGUGCGUGUGCUGCUGGAGUGCCAGUCCUCCUCGUCCUCGGGGAGCUCGGACAGCCGGGUGGAGCUGCACGCCUCCUUCCUGGCCCUGGCCAAGGCGACGUCGGGCGACCAGCGCGGGAACCUGCGCUUCCUGCCGGCCUUCAAGUUUGAUUUCCUCCGGGCGGUGUACGCCCACACGCGCCAGUUGCACGGGGCCAUCCGGGAGGCCUCCCAGCACAGCAGGACUAAAGUGGGGCGCCACCUGGAGGAAAGCCACCUGUGGGUGCUGAGCCAGAGCCCCUCGGCACUCCUGACCCGCCUGGUGCUGCAAGAGGAGGUGGCGCCCAGGCGGCUGGAGGGUGUCGCCCUGCAGAUGAAGCUGAGCCUCGGCCACGUGCUGGCACGCCACUGCUGCCCCAGGAUACUCCUGGCACCUCCAACCUCCCCAACUCCUGCUCUACCGAGAGUCUUGAACGACUACGCCGGCGUCCCCACGACUGCCGCCGCCAGGCAUCCCAACUUUGUUGUCAAGUGCCUCCUCAAGGGACUCAUAAGCCUGCUCAGAGUGCACUGCAAGGCCGGCGACUCGUUUGUGACCUUGGGCGGAGCUGGAGCCCUGGGCCGCAGCUCUGCAUUUGCAGCGUGGUCCUUGGGCUGCCAGGAGCUGCGUCAGGUCGACCUGUGCCAGCUGCAGGAAGGGGCGGGGCGCCUGGCCUUCUUUCUCAACCUGGCCAACCUGCUGACCGUCCACGGAGCCGUGAUGCAGGCGGCGGCCAUCUCUCCCCAGGACCUGGAAGAGUGCACCUUCGUUGCCCUCACCUCUCCCUACCUGCACCAGAGGAGUCUGCAGGAGAGGCUGGUGGCGUACCAUGUUGGACAGCUCGGCAUUGUCACGCUGUUCCAGCUCAAGAGGAAGCUGCUCUUCUGCAACCACCCUCUGGACGUGGUGGAUGGACGAGACCAGCUCUUGGAAAUUUUGAUGGCUCAAGAAGCUCCGGUGGCCGAGGCCUUUGCACCCCCCUUCCAUCCGAAGGUCGUGUUUGCCUUGGUCCAGGGCCGGAUCUCCGACCCCAAGUUAGAGGUGAUCUACCCCGAGACCAUAGAAAGCCAGUUCCAGACGGCCGUCGACAGGUGUAUGACCCAGAUCAAGGCCAUGACGUUGUCGGGAGUCAGAACGAUCAUCUUCCCAUGGCAGAUGAGCUUUUUCCUGACCAGCACAAUGCAGCUGGAUGAAAGCUGCGAGGAACUAAGAAGCUCCUUGAAAGCAAUUGUUCCAGAGGGCUUUGUGAAGGACUUCCAGAAGGAGGACAGCAACUUCGGCCUGGUUCUGGACGGUCCGGUCGCCGUGGUCACCCCGGACGAGAGCAAGCCACCUUGGGGAGCGAAGCUGCCCCCAGGCGUGCUUCCCUACCUCGAGGAACGCUGCCCCCUCCUCAUGCGACUGCUUUCCUUCAUGCUGCCAAAGGCGCCCAAGGAGGCAUUCUUCGAGGAGGCCCUCAAGUUCCGCGCUUCCCCGCUGGAGAACCUGCUGGGGCACGCCUACUCGCUCUGGGUGCAAGUGGCCACCAGCCGUUCACACCAGGCCUGGAUGGGCAUGGCCCUCGGGGGCCGUUCUCAUGGAGGCCUGGUCUGGGAGGCACUUCAGGAGCUUUCAUCCCAGGGAGACUGGGUGACCGCCCUUUCCCUCGUCGAGCUCGUGGACGCCCUGGACGGGGACCACUCCUCCGACCUCGCGGCGCACAGGCGCAACGUGCUGCGGCUGCUGGCUUCCCGGGACACUUGGCAGGAGGACGACAGCGGCCCCUGGACGUACGCCAUGCGCAUCCACGACCUGGAGCUCAGGGUAGACUGUGUGCUGGGAAACCACCUCAAGUGGCCCGACCUGCAUGCCAGUCAGACGCUCGAGAGUCUCCUGUCCCAGUGCCUCUACCUCGGCAACUCCACACUCCACGCCAAAGUGGCAGCCGAGCUGCACAGGCUUCGCCUCUACAAACAGAUUGCAGAGGGACUCCGAGAGUCUGGAGAGACAGUGCCCCUGGGAGCAUCGUGGAAGGAAGUGGCCAAGCACUCUGUCUCUGAUCCCACCCUAGUCCUGGAGAAGCUGAGUGCAGCUUCACUGUACAACGCUGCUCCACGUUGGGCAGAGCUGCACGUCGUUCCCGACAACUGCCGUUUGGUAGUGGCUGAACUCAAGGCACUUGAUCUGCUCACUCAGUCGCCCCCCGCAUCAGAAGCAGCCUUCCGGCUAACGGAGGGGUUUGACAAGGAACGGGAGUCGUUCCCGCUCUGGCAGAGAGUCUUGGAGCGUCUGCCUCAUGGACAGGGACAGAUCCUGCUCUUGGACCACCUCCUCGGAUGCUACAAGGACUGCCUCAUGGACUCUGAGCUCCUCUCUUACCAGCAGUUGGCUAUUGGGCUCCGGAUGUUCACCUGUGUCGAGACAGCCAAGCAGCAGGACUACGUGCCUCUAGUCAACCACCCGUCGCUGCUACUGGAACAACAGCUUAUGAAUGCAGAGGUGGACGCGGUCGGCCGGUCCCUGGAGGCCGUUUCCCCCUUCCUGGACCGGGAGCAAUCUCCGUUCCGAAGGGAGGCGGCCAACGCUCUGCUUGAGACGUACGCUUCCAAGGCCCUCGAACUGCUACUCCUGCCGUCGCCUUCCUCUGAGCCAGACAUGGCAUCCCAGCCGGCUGCAAGCAACUCUUCGGUCGGAAGCAGCGACGGAGCCUUUGUCAUGCCUCCCAAGCCUCCUCCAGAGUCGGAGUGGACUCCAGAUACUGAGGUGGCGUGCUGCAUGGUCUGCCGCAUUGAGCACUUCAGCAUGUUCAGUCGCCGUCACCACUGCCGUCGUUGUGGCCGCGUCGUCUGUGCCUCCUGCUCGCAGCACUCCAUGCUGGUGGAAGGCUUUGGGAAGGCGAAAGUCCGUGUGUGCGACGACUGCUUGCUGCAGACCAUCAAACUUGGCUCCACGGGCGCAAGUUCGGAGGACUCGGUUGUGUCUGCGGAUCAAGGUGCACACCUUUCCCUUGGGGAAGGUUCAAUCAAGGGAGCCUCAAGCAAGGGCGAGCAGGGAGGAACGUCGCGAACUUGGAGCUUGUGCAGACCUCCCCUCUGGCUACUCAGUGCCAACCCCGAAGAAAACAAGGUUAUCAGGGAACACUUCUAUUACGAGCGGGCCCCUAGUGUGUCCCUGUGCCUUUCCAUCUUGGAGAAGCACUCCAGCCUGGCAGAGUGCGCCACAUUCAUCUUGUCGCUGUGCGACACACUCUUGGCACUCCUGGCUCCCAAAAGCACCUCCGACAAGCUCGUCGACUAUGGACUCAUCAUCACGAUCCUCAAGUCGCUGAUCCUGCGUGCCAAGGUGAAGUUCCUGGAGGCUGGCAUGAGCACGGGCAUCUCGUGGAGCGAGGCCUACCUCCGGCGCGUGGACAUCGUCAGCCUCGUGGUGACUGCCAACUGCCAGCAUCUCUUGCCAGAUGAGAUGCUUGUUGGGGCCAACGGACAGGGUGAGGCCUCCAACGGCGGGCGCAAGACCGGCAACCGCGGCCCAGGUUUGGACCACAGUCCCGAGCGUAAGCUGCGAGACCGCCUGAUGGAGACGGAGCGCAUGGCCCUGGCUCUGGAGGUGUCCAACAAGUGUGGCCUGGAGAAGUCCGGCGUGUUUGCCGCCUGGGGGCUCGCCAUGCUGCGCGCGGGCGACUGGGCCGCCGCUCGGGACAAGUUUGCCCAUUGCCUGCAGAAGCCCAAGGACAAAGGGUCUGCUGAGAGUCCACUGCUGAAGGAGAUCAUAGAGAGCCUGGAGAAGUCUCAAUACCCUGGAAUAAGUAAGGCUGCUGCUGUCUUCUGCGCCAUUGCCAGCCUCAAAGGCCUCAAGGACCCUGCCAUAAUGAUGAAGGUUCCCGUGGGAGACCUGAUGGGGGCCGUGUACACGGAGUGUCGGAACUACCUGGAGCUGUACGGAAGCCACCGCUCCAUGCUGUCUUUCAUGUUUAAGCACGGCAGGACUACCCAGGCACUGGAGUACUACUUGGACAAGGGCUGUGAGGCAGAUCUGUUCCUGGAGGAGCUGCUGGAGCCGGCGUGCAGGCACGGCCUCCUAGAGCCCUUCCUUGGCCAGCUCAGGGGACUGGACCCUACUCUGGGGCGGUGGUGGAGCACGCUGCUGGCCUGCUGCCGCAGCCUGGGCCGGAGGGGGAGCAUCCACACCCUGCACCGGCUCCAGCUCUUCAUGGAGGACUACCUGCGAGCUGCGGUGACGAGCAUCCAGUUCUUCGAGCGUCCCCCGACAAGCAGCUACUGCGAGCUACACGGACGCCUGCGCCACCUGGCGGAGGCUCGAAGCCACCUGGAGACUUACCUGGCCAAGUAUAACACGUGGGAAGGACACCGGGCGCUCUGGCCAGGAACGCAGGUGCUUGCCAUGGCGCCAAAGGAAGUGAACAGGAACGUGAGCAUAGUGAACCUACAGAUGGAUGUGACGCGCUUCCUGAAUGCCCGAGAGCUUGACCAGGGUGUCCUGUUGCGACCUGUGGAUGCUCCUAGUGACUGGCGGCCACCCACUCUCUUUGGAGACACGUCGGACAAGAUGGACUUGGCCUGCCUGGUGUUGAUCAAUGGCAGCAAUGUGGAGGAAGGUUUUGGUGCUGCCUUCCGGAUCAUCCAGGAGCACCACCUGGAGGGGGGGCCUGUGUUUGAGCGUGCAGCGGGCUCUCUGCUGGCGUGGAAGGGGUCGCUGCAGGUGGAGCGCCUGGUGGGCUGCAUCCAGAGUUGUGGCUUCCCGGGCCGCUACGACACGGAUGCCGUGGUGCUGGCCGCCCUGCGCCACCUGGCAAGCACCGGCGACGAGAAAAAGGAACUGGAUGUUCUAAUUCGAUGUCUCAAGAAUGACGUCAAUAAGAUUGAGGGCUACAUGCUUGCCGGGCGCCUCAAGACUGCCUACUUGCUGGCGGUCCGACAAAACCGGACGGACCACGUCCGUCGGAUCAUGGUGUUGGCCGAAGAGGCCGGUCAAGAGAGUGUUCGCACCAUCUGCGAGAAGCGACUCGAGGCCAUGGCAGAGCUUCCGCGGUGAACAUGCACGGCAUGUGUCUCCAGGAGCAGUUUGUUAAUCAAAAUAUUUGGAGAAAGCUCCGUCCUUACAUAGGAAACCUUUAUGGAUCUUAGAGGAGGUCGGUGGGAAAGCGUCGGAGUCGACAUUUGGUAGGGAGCUUAUCUUUCCACUACUCCGGCGAUAUUUUUACGUGAUUCUAACCACCUUCCUGUUCACAAGAGAGGAGAAAAGGUAAAUAUGGGCUUCAGAUGCAAGCAUCCCCAUCUUUGGGUUGUGCAUUUUCAAAGGAAAUGUGCUUAGAGUCGUGUAUAUAGGUACUGUGCGGUACAUAUAGUAAGAUUCUAAAUGAAAUGUUGCGUCUUCUAGGACUUGCAUUGUAGAAGUUGUCCUGCCUUUACUUGAAUUGCUGCUGACCCUAUGUGUGCCUGAUCAAGAAAGUGGAGCAGACAGAUAUCAAAGUAUUCUGCGCCCAUUUGCUGAAAUCUUUUGGCUUUUUGUCUGUUUGCCUCCCCUCCUUAUUUGUUUGCUUCCCUCUGGACUUUGGCGUCUUGGGUAGCUUUUCUAAAUCAGGCGAGUUGGCUCGUAGCCUGAGCACUUUUGGGAAUGUAUAUCAGCCGAAAAAAUGUGAGCGUGCAUGCUAGAAUAGCGGAUGCAUUAGUUGAGCAACACAGAUGCCAAAGACUUGUUAGUCCAUUCGACUGCAUGGCUUUAUUAACAGUGCCUUAUUUUUGUUCAAGUUGUGGGUAGUGUGGGAGUGUUUAUCCUGGGUAACUGUGGAGUUGCAAAUUUCUGGGCCCCCUCCAUAUUGUUAGAGCACCAUGCAAUGUUCAUUCAUGCCCUGUUUUAUGUUUUUGGUAGCAUCUUUUGUCCAGGUGCCAAAGAGCCGUAAACUGCUGUGCCGAUUAGCACUCCCUUCAUCGUUUCGCUUGUAGCUCAAAUGUCAGAAGACGUCUGGCAACCCAGGUGAAGCACCUGCAAGAUCUUACAUUAUUCUUUUUUAGUGGUUGUAAAAGCUCUCGUUUAGCCAACAUCUUCCAGUUCUGUUACCAUUUGUUAUAACUAAUGCCCCUUGAUGAACGCUUUUGUGAGGUUGUCCUCCUCCUCACUCCUGCCGCCUGCUAGUGCGCAGUCCGCCAUGUUCUUCCUAACUCACCUACCAUAGCUGUUUCGAGUUACUCCGGCGGGUCAUGUCACGUGAUAAUCCAGAUACGCUGGACGUGGGCAGGCUUUUGAAUGCCAAGGUACCCAACCGUUACGUGGGAGUGUGGUCGAGUCAAAUGCGCCAUGCUCUUUUUAAAUAGAACGCGGUCCCGGAACAGUGGUAGAGUGCGUCAGCACAUCAAUUGCUGUUGCUACUUAGCAAAGCGUUAAUCGAAGGACUUUAGCCAGAAUGACCAUCUUACUGAUAUUGUAGGUUCGCUGUGCACUGCCAGAAUACCAUGACAUUUGAGUGGCCUUCCUGAGUGCCAUGUUACAAAAACAAAAGUGCUAUGCCGUUGUCGCAGCAGUUGUUGUGGCCCAUGUUUUCAAAGACAGGUUGUGAGAUUUCUAUUUAGAGCUGUAGAUCAGUUGUGUACAUAUGACAUAUUUAUAGGUUUGUAUUAUGAAUUAGAUGAAGGUUUUCGAUGGAUGUGUAGCAACGGUAAAAUGCAUAAAUGCUGCUUUCUAGAAAGUU